GGGAUGCCGGUGGUGGCAGAUGCUUCCUCCUGGCCAAAUCCCAAAUCCCACCCUCAGCACCCACACCCUGAGCAGUGGGCAGGAGAGGCCUGAAAGCGUCUGUACAAAUGACUUCCGAGAAGCCCCAGGGAUAAAGGAGCUAGAGGCAGCCACACAUGGUUCCCAGAAGCUGAAUGCAGGAAUGACUUCACCCAUCCUGCUUCCACCCGCCAUAGCAGUGACCAAAGCAGCUCUGGGAGCACAGCUAAGCACCUCAGAAGGUAAGUCCUGGGGUGAUUCUUGUCAUCUCCGUGAAAAGGAGAGGACAAAAAGGCAGAGGCUGCUGCUUGAGGGUCCCUUCACCUGGGCUGCAUAGCUUCACCCAUGCUGACCAACUUCCCAAUUUCAAGCUUCAGACUCACAGCCGUGCUAGUUAGGGUACAACUUGUUCAGACAGCUGUUUUCAUUCACAUCUCCAAAGGUCCUCUACCUUGGAAGAAGAAAGAAAGAGGGAAAGAGAAAUAAAAGAGAUUAAUUAA